AUGAUUGGUCCCUUUCUCUUGUCACGCAAUUUGCGAUUUUGCGGUUGCGAUUUUCGUAUUAUUUUUAGAGGUCUGAGAUUUCUAAGGUCACGAUUUCAGUUCUUUUCAUCCUGUGAUCGGACUUCUUUGCAUCCCUCAGUAUGUCUUUGUAUGUCUUUGAAUGUCUUCAAAGAGCCUUUUAUUUUUGUCUUUGACCGCGAGAGACGGGGCGGUGCACACGCGUGGCGACCGCGAGAACACUGGGUAUGGUUGGGUAACAACAUGGCGGGCGUAGCACGAAGUUGGUGCGGAUUUGCAAAGUUCAAAGGAGUUUCGCGGACCGUUGGUAGAUUGUAUUUUAGUACUGAUCUUACAAAAACAGAUCGUCUUAUCGAAAGGGUGAAAAGGUUCGUCUUUGGCGAGAAAGCACCGCCUGAAGAAAAGGAAACAGUUGAGAGUUAUUAUCAACUGGUCAAGGCUGAGGAUCCGUCAGUAUACAGUAUGGAGACGCACGAAAUUGUGAAUAAACUUGAACACAUUGUCACAGAAGCUAUACCUAACAUCCAGGAAUGGCAGAAUCAGUCAGUCCAAGACCUUGUUGUCAAAUAUAAGGCAAGUUCAAAGAAAAAUGAUUGUGCAUUGCUACAAAACCUUAUGUAGUGGCAGUAGUUUGAUGGUUAGGGGACUGUAGAUAACAAAGCCUAGGGGAACCUCAAGAGGGGGUUUCAAGAUCUGCUACU